AUGUCGUCGGCCGCCCUUAACAAGAUCGCGCCCAACAGCCCCUCGAGGCAGAACCCCUCCGAGAUCGAGUCGAGCAUCGCCAAUGCUCUCUACGACCUCGAGUCCAACAUCCCGGACAUGAAGGCGUCCCUGCGCCCUCUCCAGUUCGUGUCCGCUCGCGAGAUUGAGGUUGGCCACGGCAGGAAGGCGAUUGUCAUCUUCGUCCCUGUUCCCCUUCUCACUGGCUGGCACAAGGUCCAGCAGCGCCUGACCCGUGAGCUCGAGAAGAAGUUCUCUGACCGCCACGUCCUGCUCGUUGCUUCCCGCCGCAUUCUCCCCCGCCCUAAGCGCUCCAACCGCUCCCGCAACGCUCAGACCCAGAAGCGCCCUCGCAGCCGGACUCUGACUGCUGUCCACGACGCCAUCCUCCACGACCUCGUCUACCCCGUCGAGAUUGUCGGCAAGCGCGUCCGCACCAGGGAGGACGGCUCCAAGGUCCUCAAGAUCAUCCUCGACGAGAAGGAGCGUGGCGGUGUCGACUACCGCCUCGACACCUACUCCGAGGUCUACAAGCGCCUGACUGGCAAGGGUGUCAACUUCGAGUUCCCCCAGCACGGUGCUGACUACUAGAUGUGGAUAUUGAGAGGAGUUACGGUUUCAGCAUGCUUCAUGUAUGACGAAGCCUCAAAAAAGGGCCUUUCUGCAGGAUUUGGGACUGGUUCGGAUAGUUCGGGAGUGCAAUGCACACAGCACGUCGCGUGAGUCGUGCUAGAAUACCAAUGGUCAAACUUUUCACGUCAGGUGGUCCUACAUCAAAAGCUGUCCUAAUGAUCUGUUGUGGUGC